GGACUGGUUGCAAAACAAACCGGUGUUCGCUACGAUUGUGACAGAAGAAUCGGACGUUGGAAACGUCAGAACCGGGAGCAGACCGAUGGGACAGGCUGGGAGAGACGGCGUACCGGGAGUCUGACACUACUCGCUUGGGGGCGCUGUGGAGAUUAGGGGUGAAUCGGAGCUCACGGCGAGAGGGACAAAGGCCGGAAGAACUGAAGCCUCCGACCCAGAUAGUUGGUACAGGGACGGAGGAGAGGGUUUGGUCCCUUGGACUGGGAGCUACUGGAAAGCGGCCCGAUUACCGGUACCGGGAGGACACUGCUUAACAUCUACAUGUAGUACCUGAGGUACAACCGGCACCCGGUAGCUGCAUCGAAUGUCUACCUGGGGCUUAGGGGCAGAUCGGGCUACCCCAGUGGCCUUAACCCUGGGAUGUCCCAUUGAUUGAGCCCCUGGAGUGCCCUGGUGCCAGGGGAUCUAAGGUGCCCCUGUGCCACACGGUCUCUAAUACCCCAUUGGCAGGAGACCUGGGGUAUCGCAUUACCAGGACUCUUGGAGCUUUUUUCCCCCCCAGGGGUCCAAUUUGGGGACUUUCAAGACCGCAGUUCCCUGGAUUGUUAGAACUAAACCUAUAAUUAUACGUCAUUAGCAGUAUGGCGAGCGGUCGGAUACACGUCAAGUAGACAUCUGGAUCUGUGACCGCUUUUCUGGAUGUUCAUGUAACCCCAAGUUAUCGGACAAGCGCUGAAGUUCCCGGGAUGGCCGCCUACAGUGAAUUCGUGCCCCCUCCCGAGUGCCCGGUGUUCGAACCCACCUGGGAGGAAUUCUCUGACCCCUUGGGCUUUAUCGGACGCAUCCGCCCCAUCGCCGAAAGAUCGGGGAUAUGCAAAAUCCGCCCUCCAAAGGAUUGGCAGCCGCCGUUCGCCUGCGAUGUGAAAAACUUCACUUUCACCCCUAGGGUCCAGCGUCUCAACGAACUGGAGGCGAUGACCAGGGUGAAGCUGGACUUCUUGGACCAGCUGGCAAAGUUUUGGGAGCUGCAGGGUUCCACGCUCAGGAUCCCGGUGGUGGAUCGCAAGCUCCUCGACGUGUACGCCCUGAGUAAGGUGGUUUCCAGCGAAGGAGGAUUUGAAGUUGUGAGCAAAGAGAAGAAGUGGUCCAGGGUGGCCACACGGAUGGGGUACAUGCCAGGGAAAGGCACAGGUUCCUUGCUGAAGACGCACUACGAUCGCAUUCUCUACCCCUAUGAGCUCUUCCAGUCCGGCGUUAGCCUCAUGGGCAUUCAGAAGCCAAGUUUAAAAGCGGAGGAGAAGGUGGAAGUGACAGAGCCGAGCGAAGAUCACAGAGGAUCUGCCGAGAGGCUGAAGACAAGCGUCCCAUUAAAGCGAUCUGCACGCAUUAAGUCUGAGACGGAACCCCUCGAGAUCGGCAAACCGCCGGAGGCCAAGAAAAUGCGCGUUUUUGGAUCGGCGCCGAGGGUGAUUGGAGUAGAAAACAAUGUUAAAGACAAAGGAGAUGAAGUCUACAAAAAGCGGAAAAAUUCUAAAUUGGAAGCUUUCGGGAUGCAAAUGCGACAGCGAAAAGGAGCCCUAUCCGUCAACUUUGUUGACCUAUACAUCUGUCUGUUCUGCGGCCGCGGGGACAGCGAAGACAAGCUGCUGCUUUGUGACGGUUGCGACGACAGCUACCACACGUUCUGCCUAAUACCACCUCUGCCCGAGGUGCCCAAGGGAGACUGGAGAUGCCCCAAAUGUGUGGCAGAGGAAUGCCGGAAGCCCCGGGAAGCUUUCGGAUUUGAGCAGGCGGUGAGGGAAUAUACUCUGCAGGGCUUUGGAGAGAUGGCCGACCACUUUAAGUCUGACUACUUCAAUAUGCCUGUACACAUGGUACCCACUGAGCUGGUGGAGAAGGAAUUCUGGCGUUUGGUGAGCACGAUAGAGGAAGACGUGAUCGUGGAGUACGGCGCGGACAUCUCUUCCCGGGACUUUGGCAGCGGGUUUCCGGUGCUCGAUGGCCGGAGAAAGCUGAUAACGGAUGAAGAGGAAUACGCUCAGUGUGGCUGGAACCUCAAUAACAUGCCAGUGCUAGAGCAAUCUGUACUCGCUCACAUCAACGUGGACAUCUCUGGUAUGAAGGUCCCCUGGCUGUACGUGGGCAUGUGCUUCUCCUCCUUCUGCUGGCACAUUGAAGACCACUGGAGCUACUCCAUCAACUACCUGCACUGGGGAGAGCCUAAGACGUGGUAUGGUGUCCCGUCCUUUGCUGCUGAACAUCUGGAGGACGUGAUGAGAAAGCUGGCUCCGGAGCUGUUUGAGAACCAGCCAGACCUCUUGCACCAACUCGUGACCAUCAUGAACCCCAACAUUCUAAUGGAUCAUGGCGUUCCUGUGUACAGGACCAAUCAGUGCGCGGGAGAGUUUGUGGUUACGUUCCCUCGUGCGUACCACUCCGGCUUCAAUCAGGGUUACAACUUUGCGGAGGCUGUGAAUUUCUGCACUGCAGACUGGCUGCCCCUUGGACGUCAGUGUGUGAGCCAUUACCGCAGACUUAAGCGGCACUGCGUCUUCUCCCACGAGGAGCUUAUCUUCAAGAUGGCAACCGAUCCCGAGUGCCUGGAUGUUGGACUGGCCGAUGCGGUGUGCAAAGAGAUGACUAUCAUGAUCGAGGAGGAGGCUCAAAUGCGGGAGGCUGUUAAACAACUGGGUGUCCACCAGUCCGAAGAAGAGGCAUUUGAAUUGGUUCCUGAUGACGAGAGGCAAUGUUCUUCGUGCCGCACCACCUGCUUCCUCUCGGCCCUUACUUGUUCCUGCAGCGCUGACCGCCUUGUGUGUUUAUACCAUCCAGAGGACCUCUGCUCCUGCCCCAUGCAAAAUAAAUGUCUCAGGUACCGUUACUCAUUGGAGGACCUUCCCGCGCUCCUUCAUGGAGUCAAAUUACGGGCACAAUCAUACGACAUAUGGGUCAGCCGGGUCACCGAAGCGCUGACCGCCAGCCUCAAUCAUAAAAAAGAUAUCAUCGAGCUGAAAGUUAUGCUAGAGGACGCAGAAGAUCGUAAGUUCCCGGAGAAUGAAUUAUACCGCCGGCUUCGAGAUGCUGUUAAAGAGGCGGAUACAUGCGCAUCGGUCGCUCAGCUGCUACUCAACAAGAAACAGAAGCACAACAAGCUCAGCCAAGAAUGUGGCAAGACUCGCACCAAACUCACCAUGGAGGAACUAAAAGCCUUCGUGCAUCAGCUGUUCAGCUUACCCUGCAUUGUUACUCAAGCCCGGCAGGUUAAGAAUCUGCUGGAUGACGUGGAGGAAUUUCACGAACGUGCUCAGGAAGCCAUGAGCGAUGAGAUCCCAGACUCCACCAAGUUACAAGCCUUGAUAGACCUCGGCUCCGGCUUGUACGUGGAGCUCCCAGAAUUGCCACGGUUGAAGCAGGAGCUGCAGCAGGCGCGGUGGCUGGACGAAGUACGUCAGACGCUGGCUGAGCCUCAUAAAGUCACCUUGGAGGUCAUGAAGAAGCUGAUUGACUCUGGCGUUGGUCUGGCUCCUCAUCAUGCUGUGGAGAAAGCCAUGGCGGAGCUCCAGGAGCUGCUCACCGUCUCUGAGAGAUGGGAGGAAAAAGCAAAAAUAUGUCUGCAGGCCAGGCCGCAGCACAGCAUGUCCAGCCUCGAAAGCAUCUUAAUGGAGGCCAAGAACAUCCAGGCGUACCUUCCGAAUGUGUUCGCUCUGAAGGAGGCGCUUCAAAAAGCCAAGGAUUGGACUUUCAAAGUAGAGACCAUCCAGAGCGGGAACCAGUACGCCUAUCUGGAACAGCUGGAGAGCUUGCUUGGGAAAGGCAGACCCAUCCCUGUCCGCCUGGACGCUCUCCCGCAGCUGGAGUCUCAGGUAGCGGCCGCUCGAGCUUGGAGGGAACGUACGGCUAGGACUUUCCUGAAGAAGAACUCCAGCUACACUCUGCUACAGGUGUUGAGUCCACGGACGGAUAUUGGCGUGUACGGGAGCAGUCGGAACAAAAAGAGGAAAGCCAAGGAGCUAAUGGAGGAGAGGGAUUUGGAUUUGGAUUCUAUGAGCGAAUUUGAAGAGUCGAUGGAGGAGCCGAGAGACACGGCUUCAGUGGUUGCAUUAUUCAAGGACCUUGAGCACAAAGAAGUGGAUUCCAUGCGUUCGUUGCGAGCAGCUAACCUGGCGAAGAUGACCAUGGUGGAGCGCAUAGAGGAGGUGCGAUUCUGCGUGUGCCGCAAGGCGGCCAGCGGCUUCAUGCUGCAGUGCGAACUGUGCAAAGACUGGUUUCACAGCACGUGCGUCCCCCUGCCUAAAACCAGCACCCAGAAGAAGGGCUCCAGCUGGCAGUCGAAGGAUGUCAAAUUCCUAUGCACACAAUGCAUGCGUUCCCGCCGGCCUCGCCUGGAAACCAUCCUGUCGCUCCUGGUAUCCCUACAGAAGCUGCCGGUGCGGCUGCCGGAGGGAGAGGCUCUCCAGUGUUUGACGGAACGGGCCAUGAGCUGGCAGGACAGAGCGCGUCAGGCUCUGGCCACCAACGAACUGUCUUGUGCCCUGGCAAAGCUGUCUGUACUGAGCCAGCGCAUGGUGGAGCAGGCUGCUCGAGAGAAGACGGAGAAGAUCAUCAACGCAGAGCUGCAGAAAGCAGCGGCAAACCCGGACUUGCAGGGUCACCUCCCCAUCUUCCAGCAAAGCUCCUUUAGCCGAGGCAUGUCAAGCUUGGCUCCAUCUCCGCAGAUGCCUUUGGAUUAUGACGACGAGGAGACGGAUUCAGACGAGGAUAUUCGAGAAACAUACGGCUAUGAUAUAAAGGACAGCGGGAGCGUUAAGUCUUCGAGCAGCCUUGAACCGAACCUAUUUUGUGACGAAGAGAUCCCUAUCAAGUCGGAAGAAGUGGUGAGCCACAUGUGGACGACGUCCGCGUUCUGCGCUGAACAUGCGUAUUCGUCGGCUUCCAAAAGCUGUGUACAAGCUUCAGGAACCCCCCGAAAGCAGCCCCGCAAAACACCUCUGGUGCCUCGCAGCUUGGAACCUCCUGUUUUGGAGCUGUCCACCGCGGCUAAGUGCCAGCUGGAGGAGCUUAUGAUGUUGGGAGACCUUUUGGAAGUGUCACUUGAUGAGACGCAACACAUCUGGAGAAUCCUGCAGGCCACCCACCUACCCUCGGAGGAAAGGUUCCUGCAUGUCAUGGAGGACGACAGUCUCGACGAAAAACCGCCAAAGCUGAAAAGCCGCGAUUCUUCCGAGAAAAAGCGCAAGCGGAAGCUGGAGCGAGCGGAGCAUAUGCUGGGUGAGGGCAAGCAGAGAUCCAAGGAGAUGAAGAAAAUGGACAAGACCAAAAAGAAGAAGCUGAAGCUGGGGCACGAGAAGGCCAAGGAGCUGAGCAAGCUGGCCAAGCGGCUGGCCAAGGAGGAGGAGCGCAAGAGGAAAAAGGAGAAGGCCGCGGCAGCCAAGAUCGAAAUGAGCAAAGAGAUCACGGAGAAGAGAGAGAAGAAGAUCCUCGACAUCCCUUCCAAAUACGAUUGGUCGGGGGCCGAAGAUUCGGAUGACGAGAACGCCGUGUGCGCCGCGCAGAAUUGUCAGCGGCCUUGCAAGGACAAAGUUGACUGGGUGCAGUGCGACGGUGGCUGCGACGAGUGGUUCCACCAGGUCUGCGUCGGCGUCUCCUCCGAAAUGGCCGAGAACGAGGACUACAUCUGCACGAACUGUAGCAGGAAAAGAGUACAGGGUCCGUGUUCGCCGUGCCCUCCGUGUCCAUCCACGUUGACUUUCUCUCCAGUUUUUCCCCUGCCUCCCAUCGAGGUGAAGCAGGAAAUCAGCUAGCAAAGCCGUUCCCUCCCCCCCCAUCCAACACCGCAGACUGGAUGUUUGGUUUUCCCACCCUUUAAACUACCACCCCUCGCCUCCUUCUCUACCACCGGGUUGUGUUUGUUUUAGGUAGAACCUCUCUGCACUGUGCGUUCCCUCGUGGAUUGGUGGUGGUUUUGGAGACUCCUCUGACACUAAAAGGAAGCGUC